AUGGUUACCACCCGACCUCGAGCCCAUUCUACCUCUAAUAUUAAAUUAACAUUAAUAUCGUCCCGCCAAAAUCCAGCAUUGCGUAGUACGCCCGAGUUACCGUCCAUGUUGGUUGGCUUGGAGACGACAGUUCCGCAGAACCUCUCACCAGACGACUUUUCGACGACACAUCGCCCAACACGCGGGAAAAAGAAGCCUGUUGACACCUCACCUGCUGUAACUAUGACAACUGGGAGAAGAGGAUGCUGUUUUUGCUGCCGGAGAUGUUGUGCCUGUGGAUGUCAGAUUCUGCUGGUCCUCCUUCAAUUAUUAAUUGGGGGUGGGGUCACGGGGUUGGCAUUUUAUGUUGAAUUUUACUACCCGGUCAUUUCGUUUCGUGAGACGCCAUAUUGGGCGGGACUUCCGUUACUAUUAGCCGGUUUAAUAGGAGUAUGUUUUUGUUGUGUGAAUAUUUCCAUAGCAACCGAGACAGGUAGAGGCUGCUUUCUCAAGGCAAUGUGUUUUAUAUUUUCCAUCAUCGCCAUAUUCGUCAACCUGAUAGCCUGUGUAUUUCCCGGUAUACACCUGGGUAGAAUUUACACCUACAGAGGACUGUGUUUAUUAGGAAGUAUCGUGUCCCUGUGGUUUGUUAUUUUAUUAUGGAGAGAACGGUAUGGCGGAUUUUACUCUGGGACCGACACGCCUGUUUUAAGACGGAGAAAUAUCAAGCAUUUUGAUGUGGCCAAACUUCCACCAGAGGCAUAA